CGCUCACAUCCGUCGUCGUCUCAACUCCCAUUCAGGCGAGAAUCGAGUUUGUGGGAGAGCAAGCAAGGACUCAUGGACUAACUGUCGCGAUUCGCUCCCCUUUCUGUCGUCCCCGCCCAUGCCGAUAGCCCUUGGCUGACGUUGUCUCUGUCGUGAGACGACAAGGCUAUUUUCUUGAUAUCCUUCAAGGAAGGUCCUGCCGGUAGCGACGUACUGGACAACGCAAGUUUGCGCGUUCGCGUUGAACUCACGUCCCUACCUGCUACAAAACACGCGUCAGUCAGAGAAUCCCGCAAGACUGGACCAAGGACGAAGGGUCGUAGAAGGCUUACUAAUCCCAGUUUCUCUCAGCCGUCUCCUCGGGAAUGUCACUUAUAAAAGCUGCGGAUCAUCUCAUCGCAGUCGUCUUGUACUAAUGUUUACUCGGGACUGUGCUCAAUCGCCCUUACAGUGAAUACUCGGCAGAAUGGCGGCGCUGUGCUAGACACACAAUGCAACGCCGGGGAAUUGUACUGUAUGACUGGGAACGAGCCUUGCUCUCGGUUCACUUUGACAGCCUGACAGCCACCGAACAGCAGCUGGCCUUGCACGCUGCGAUGGCGUGCUUGACGUCGAAAACAGGCGCCCAAGGAUAUAAUACGACGAUUUCUUCGACCUUAAUCGUUUAUCCGAACAACUCCUACUUGACACGUAUCCAAUAUGACUGAAAACGAAAACAAACCCCUCCGACUGCUCUCAAUCGACGGCGGGGGCAUCCGCGGGAUGUCCGCGUUGCUCAUCAUCCGCGAGCUGAUGCGGCGGAUCCAACACAAGGAAAACCUCGCGUCGACUCCGGACCCCCAUCUCUACUUCGAUAUGAUUGGCGGCUCGGGCACCGGCGGCGUCAUCGCACUGAUGCUGGGCCGUCUUCGCAUGCCUAUCGACGACGCGAUCAGCGCCUACGACGGAUUCAUCAAACGCGUAUAUAUCGACGGUCGCAAGUCUCUCGGCGGCGAGACCAUGCGUCGUGGUAUUCUCAAGCCCUUCAGCCGUGAGACGUUCAAGGCAGAGGCCCUCGCAGCGGCCGUGAAGCACGUCGUCGGCGUGUGUUCCGGAGGUGACGAGGAUGCACGUAUGCUUGAUGGCGAUGCGUGUAAAGUGUUCGUAUGUACUAGCCUUGCAGAGAAUAUGAACGCCGGCAAGCCCGUUCUCCUUCGCACCUACCCGGUUGCGAGGAAUGCGAGCCCGAAUUGUAUGAUAUGGGAGGCCGCUCGUGCAACGACGGCCCAUCCCGGGCACUUCAAGCCCAUUACCGUUGCGGAAGGUGUUAUACACCGUACCUUUGUUGAUGCAGGGCUGGGGUUGAAUAAUCCCUGCCGCGUCCUGCUGCAUGAGGCGGCGUCUGUCUACCCCGAGCAUAGUCUCGCUGCGGUGAUCAGCAUUGGCACUGGCCAUGCGCAGACCAUUGGUUUGCCUACACCUAGUGUGUCACGGGCCAUUCUGUCUUCUGACAUAGUCAGCCUCCUACGUGGCAUUGCUGUUGAUUGUGAAAAGGUGGCAGAGGAGCUGCAGGCUCACUUUGUGAACUACCCGGAGCUGUACUUCCGGUUCAAUGUCUCACAAGGGAUGCAGGAUGUGGACUGGGGUGCAUGGGAGAGGCAGAGUGAAGUUGCUGCCCACACCACUCGAUAUCUGCAGAUGUCAGAGGUUGGCUCGAGGUUGGAUGCAUGCCUAAGUGUGCUUCUCGGAGGCAGGGGCCAGGUUUUGAUGGCUGCUGUGGAUCACCUCCCUGCACCCACUAUGCAGGAGAGUGCUAGCAUGAUAAAAGCUAUUCCACUUCCAUCUGCCAAUUUCACUGGCAGGAAAGACAUCUUGUCUCAGAUGAAUGAAUACUUCAGAGGCACAGUUCAGCAGCACAUAUUUGUGCUUCAUGGCCCUGGUGGGGCAGGCAAAACUCAGCUUGCAUUAAAAUUCAUUCAUGACUGGCAACAUCAGAGUGAUCUUCAGUGA